AUGGAUUGGCUUAGUUUUAUACAAGGACUCGCAUGUUUAGCUGCAGCUAUACAAGAUUUGUUUUCCGGUAUAUCAUUUGGUGUGAUUCCACCGAUUAACUAUGGAUGUAACAGUUAUACGAAGACAUUAGCAUGUUUAAUAAUGAAAGGAUCAACUUUAUUUUCAGUAUUAUACUUUAUAAUAAUUAUUAUUGUUGACAUGUAUUAUGGUUAUUAUGAUGGAUUUAUAUUAACGUUAUCAUUAAUAGCGUUAAUGGCUUUAACAUUUUUACUUGUUUCACUUGCUAAAAAUGAUAAAAACGCACUGGAAAAUGAUUCAUAUUGUUUUGUUAUUCAUCAUAUUUCAGGCAUUAUUAUUAAUAAAAUACACUAUCAAUUACCAACUAGUGAAAUAAAAGGUAGAGUAUUAACAGCAUCAUUAAUAUUAGAAUUAUUACAAUUAUGUUUUUGGACAUUAACUCCAUUUUUAUGGUUUCCUGGUUCAAAAAGGUAUAUAACAAUAUGGAGUUAUGAAUACGCUUGUCUUCUUUCACAUAUUCUUGUUAUUAUAAUGUAUCUAAAUCAAUCCAAGAUAUCUCAUUGGGAUAGUGUAAUAAAGGCAUAUUUUGCGUUUUAUAUUAUUAAUCUUUUUACUUGGGUGAUUCCAUUGACGGUGGUGUGUGGUGGCAGUUUUGAAGAAAAAUCUUCAUCGGCGAAAAUGGCCCCAGCUAUUCACUGUAUGGUUGUUGAUGUUAUUACAGAUAUUCCGAUGUUUAUAAUUACAAUGGCCAAACGUACAUAUGUUAAUAAUAUUUAUAUAUGUCUUGACAUUGCCGUUAAAUUUAUUGUGUUUAUUCGUUCUGUUAUCUGGAUGCCUUAUGUUCUUCACCAUGAGAGUACGAGUGAAGAUCGAUAUGAACCAGUGUAA